UAUGUAUAACAAAAUCGUAUAUAAAAUCUCGAUAAGUACACUGUUUUUACAUAAUGUUUAAAACACAAGUCAUAGGUGGAAGAAAAAUGCUUGUAAACAAAAUUAGUAUACAUCAGAAUAAGCAGUCAUAUAAAAAAGUUUGGCUACGUUUACAUCUAGCGAUUUAAUUGCGCCCUGACGUGUACCAUGAUCUAAAGUAGGUCUAGUCAACAAUUGUUUACACCAGAAAAGAUUUAAGAAUUGACGAAGUUGUAUUUCAUUGUUGUUGAUCUACUUUAGAGUUGUAGACCUACUUCAUACUUCUAUAUACUAAUUUUAUUUACAAGCAGUUUUCUUCCGCUUACGGCUUACGAUUUGCGUUUUAAACAUCAUGUAUAAACAAAAUAUGUGUUAAGACUGUAUUUAAUAAACGUAGCCAUUGAAAGUUGUCGUACUGGUUGAGUAAUUACUGCGACAUAAAAUUGAAGGAUACGAGUGAAAGUGUAUAAAAAGAAAAGUGAUGGUGGGGCAGUGGUAUUUCUACUGGUGCUAUCUCUCAAUCUGCACUGAGUCUUGUUUCUGUACUUCUGCAAGACACUUCGAAUAUGAUGUCAAAUUCAGAUGUACUUCUGCCAACGCGACAGACAAUGCCUAUUUUAGGAUUUGGGACUUGGCAUGCAAGUGAAGAAGAGUUGGAGACAGCUAUAGAUAUAGCUUUGGAAGCAGGAUAUAGACAUAUAGAUACAGCUACGGUGUAUCAAAACGAGCGUGCUAUCGGCAACGUUCUAAAAAGAUGGUUAGACUCUGGUAGAAUUAAUCGAUCUGAACUGUUUGUUGUAACAAAGGUCCCACCUAGUGGUAACAGACCAGAAGACAUAGAAAAAUGGAUUAAAAGAUCACUUUGUAAUUUGCAAUUGACCUAUUUGGACUUGUAUCUGGUACAUACUCCAUUUACAUUUGAAGAUGCUGGGGAAGAACUACAUCCUUAUAAUGAAAAAGGAGAAAUAAAAAUUGAUAUCAACACAGAUCAUUUGAAAAUAUGGACUGCAAUGGAAAAACAAGUGUUAGAAGGGCGUACCAAAGCAAUUGGAUUAUCAAAUUUUAACAUUUCUCAGAUAAAGAAAAUUUUGGCCAAUGCUAAACUGCCUAUCUCAAAUUUGCAAAUUGAGUUGCAUGUAUAUUUCCAACAGAAUGAUUUGGUGAAAUUUUGCAAAAACAACAAUAUUACAGUAACAGCAUAUUCAUCUUUGGGUUCACGUGGAUUUAUCAAUCAAAUAGGAAAAGCAGAUACUGUGCCAGAUUUAUUGAAAAAUUAUAUUGUAUUGGAAGUGGCACAAAAGUAUAAGAAAACUCCUGCUCAAAUAUUACUUAAACAUAUUAUUCAAAAGAAUAUAGCAGUUAUCCCAAAAAGCACAAAUCCCACAAGAAUUAAAGAGAACAUACAACUAUUUGACUGGGAACUUCAACAAGAAGAUGUUAAUAAGUUAAAUAAUCUUGAUAUGGGAGAAUCUGCACGAAUAUGUGACUUUGGAAUUUUUAAGGGUAUUACCAAACAUCCAGAAUUUCCUUUUGUAAAACUGUAUUGUUAAUAUUAUUUUCUAAAUAUAUAUAUAUAUAUAUCAAGUUGGUCAGAGUCUU